AUGAAUCUAGAAAACGUCAACACUGUCGAGGAGCUACAACGUCAGCUAGAAGCCGCCAACGCAAGAAAUUCACAGCUUGAGCAGUUCGUGCAAAGUCAAUUCAACGGAGACCCUACAGUCCUAAAUCAUGUCGCUCAGAACUUUGCUCAGGGAGGGUUUCAGAUCCCCAGCAAUGGUGUCUCAAAUGCACGAAGUGUCGGUCUCUCCCGUAGCAAGUCCACCGUUACAUAUCCCACACAAAUAAAGUCUGCCAUCACGGAACGCUUUCAGGCGCAUAAACGUGAGAGAAGGGCCUUUUCUCAACAGUCAAACUCCGCCCUCCCCAUGAGCCGCAGUGUUUCAAAUCGUUCAGAGUCUCAUAUGCCUUUCACACAAACCGGAAACCGCAUCGCCCCUUUGAGUUCUUCCAUGGACCGGUUCAGCUCGCCUCAAAAUCAGUCUAGCAACCUGCCUCUUGAAGCCGCCUCAAAUCAAUUACAGGCCGUUCAGGAGAACCAGCCUCUACUCAACAUCGGCAUGGACCCUGAAGACUUCCUAAAACAGUGGCCCGAGACUCCUCAAGCUCCUCAGCACUACGACUCAUCCUUCACCGGAAUGGCUUACAACAUGGUGCCCGACGCCUCUUACUCCAACCUCUCGUCAACCAUUCCUUCAAGUUAUCCCAUGUCGUCCGCCUGCCCUUCGAUGAUCUCUGGUCCCUCUGCCGCCGAGGCCGCGAGCCCCUUGACCCGCCAGAACAGCUCUUUCGACAACUACGGUGUCGGCAUGGAGCGCAUGGAAUCCUGCCAGUCUCAAGCCGAUGCGCUCUUCGUUCCCGAUAUGUCUCCUGCUUCUGUCAACAUGUACCCUGCCGGCAAGCAAUACACCUCUGAGCAAGAUCUCUUCGGUCUCGGCGCCAACCUCACCGCUGCCAACGUUCAGCAGUACGUCGACUCCAAUGGAAACACUCUGAUGGCAUCCCCCGAGUCGACCGACAUGGAGCGAUCUUGCUCCAACGCUAGCAUGUCGAGUGUUCGAUCAAAUGCUUCCAACCUGGAGCGACGUGCUAAGGAAGCCCGAGAGCGUGUUCUGCAGGCGGCCAAGACCAUUCAGCUCGCCCCUAAGCCUAAGGAGGAGCUUGCCAGGGAAGCCAGCGCUGCUGCCGCCAACAGGGAGGCCAAGCUUCCCGUCAACAAGAGCAACUACCAGCGUCCCAAGCACCCCAAGGUCUACUGCACUCAGUGUAGCGAGCACCCCGAUGGUUUCCGUGGUGAUCAUGAGCUUCGCCGACACGUCAAUGCUAAGCACGAAGGCACUGUCAAGAAGUUCGUCUGUCGAGAUCCCGAGACUGUUGGCAUCCCCACCAAUGUCAAGGCUGUCAACCCCUUGUCUAAGUGCAAGGCCUGCAUCUCCGGCAAAGAGUACGGUGCUUAUUACAACGCCGCUGCUCAUCUUAGACGCACUCAUUUCAAGCCCAAGACCCCUCGCGGUAAGAAGGGUGCCAACUCUGAUGAGAAGCGUGGUGGUAAGGGUGGUGGCGACUGGCCUCCCAUGUCCGAACUCAAGGCUUGGUUCGUCGAGAAGAAAGUCAAAGUUGACUUGAAUGAGUCCCCCAUGGCUGAGCAAGAUGAGUCUGAUGACAUGGCUGAGAACGAGAUGGAAGGAUCCAUGCCUCCCCAGAUGGAGAUGUUCCAGGGCAUUGGUAGCAACAUGGUUCCUUUCAACAUGGAGACUGGCUACGAUCUCGCCGUUGACGGUGCUGCUGAUCCUGCCAUCAUGGCUAGUGUCAAUGGCGAGCUUAUUCCGGCUCCCAUCUCGUCUGCCUCUGGUAAUUUCGGCUACUCACCUUUCUCCAACGGCUCUCCUAUUGUCGGACUCCCUGACAACUAUGCCUACUCCGAGCAUGCCACUUCUGCCUAUGGGUCCAAUCUCUCUUCUUCCAACACUAUCACUCCUGCCACCUUUCAAGAUAUGUCCCAUAUGAGUAUGCCCGAUAACGGCCUCUGGGUUUCCUAA